UCUAAAAUGAUGCGCCUAAAAACAAUGUUUACUGUCUUCUUUGUCAUUUGCCUGACUCUGGUUGCUGGGCAAGAACGGGACUGUGACGAAUUGGCAAGGCGAUGUGAAUCCUGUGUGAGGCGUCUAGAUAAUGCAAUCGAUCGCGAUUUACCCCUCUUCAAUAGGGAGUGCCGACAAAGGACCGAAUUGUCUUGGCGCUGGAGGAACGUAGGACGCUGUGAGAUCAGCAAGCUCAACUGCUUGGGCUGGGAUUCACCGAUGAACUGUGAAGACAUUGCUAGGAGGGCUGGUAUGGAACGCAGACGUAUUUAA